GCUUCUGGUUGGUACAAUGCGUUGCCACCCCUCUUAAUUAUUGGUCGAUAUUAAAACCCGAGGAGCCCCGAUACAAUCCUCGGCUAAAUUCGUUUCGACGCCGUGUAGCACCUAGCCGUAGGUAUAUUAUUGUGUGGCUUGCUUUCCUCUGCAUCGCGGGAGAAAAUUCACUGACUUCAAGAAAAUGGCAGACAUCAGCAAGGAAGAACUUGAAAAAGAGAUCGCAAAGAUCCUUGAAAAUGCGAACCUGGCCAACACAUCGUCCAAGAAGGUCCGCCAGAAGCUGGAGAAGAGCUUCGACUGUGACCUGAGCGAGAAGAGGAAGCUGAUUGAUCAGCUGGUCAUGGACUAUGUUAAUAGCAAGGAAGAUGACGGCUCCGCGGAGGAAGAGGAGGAGGAAGAAGAAGAGGAAAAGAAACCCGCAAAGCGAGCACCACCCAAGGCCAAGAAACGCAAGGAGACCUCUGAAGAUGAUGACGGCUCCGGCAGCGACUCUGAUGAGAAACCAGCGCCAAAGAAGAAGGGCCGCAAGAAGAAGGGAUCCGAUGAUGAUGAUGACUGGGGCAAGAAGAAAGAGAAGGCGCCUAAGGCUAAGAAGGCCGGAGGUCGCGGUAAAGGCGGCGGUUACACCCGCGCCUACAAACUGUCCCCAGCGCUCGCUGAUCUGAUGGGGGAAGAUGAAAUGCCACGACAUGAAGUAGUGAAACGGGUCUGGGCCAUGAUCAAGGAGAAGAAUCUGUAUGACCCUAAUAAUAAGCAGUUCGCCAUCUGCGAUGACGCUUUGUACAAGGUAAUCGGAACGAAACGCUUCAGAACUUUUGGUAUGAUGAAAUAUUUGAAGACGCACUUCUUGGAUGAGUAAUGUAAGUUAACUAAGUGUAUCUAUUAAGGAUAACUCAUCAACAAUUUUCAACCUUUUCACUCUGUCGAGUGAUAAAAUUCAGAAUCAUUUAUGUCCCUAUAACGAAUGUAAAAAUAAAAUGUGACGUCUCACGGGUAAAGGAACCUUGUGGCUGUUGGCGCUUACGCUAUUAUUGACGUCACUCCAAUAUUAUUGCGGGGCUAUGCGACGUAAGCGCUAGCCGCCAUAAGGUACCUUUUGCCGUGGAACGUCACAAAGGCCAGUAUCCUUCACUAAUUAUAAACUUGCAUUGGAGUUUUCACUCAUACAGUCAAAAAUAAUACGCAUACGACGCUUCCAAAAUGAUCUGCACAAACUCUAUUUUUCCAAAGAUUGAGGCUUGUGCAGAUAUUUUUGAUCGUGUCUACUGAUGACUAUUUAAGUUUUUUUUUUUUAAAUGAACGAGUGUGUUGUUCCUUGUUGGCAAAAAAUAUUCCUAAAAAUGCCAUUAAGUCAUUUAGUUUUUUAUGCAUUUAUCAUGUAAUUUGAUAAAUAUAAUGUCGCGUUUACAAUGAUCCAAAAAUCAAUAACAUUUGCGUAUCAAUGUGACGCGCCUUUAGAUUUAUUUGACAUUUGCCAAAUGUCAUUGUUGCUUGUGUUUAACUUUUUGACAGCUAAGUUUAAUUCUAAUUAUAAGUUAAUCCAUUAAAGAAAUUACAGACGUAAAAUCAUUGUUGUGAAUUUGUUUCAAAUAGGAAAAUUAUAGUUUGUGCCAUUGACGAAGACGCGCCCCACUAUUUCUUGAUUGAAAGGAGGGGAUUGGUUUUUGGCAAGAGCGGUUAGCUGUAAAGAGCAUACAGUAUGUGUCUGACCUUGGGUUUUUAAUUCCAGGACUUGAUUUUACUCGCUAAACUGAGCUACUUUUACUAUGGGACCAACUCUAAAAUCGGGGAAAAUUUUUUGGCGUUUCCAUAGAAAACGUCGACAUCUGAUCAGACAAAAUGUAUGAAAACGUAAAAAUUUUUUUCGGGAUUUCGGGGUUGGUGCCAUAAUAAAAGUAGCUCAGUUUAGCGAAUAGAAUCGAGCCCUGGAUUUAAAGCCCGAUGGUCAGUAACACCCUGUAUAAUCACUACGUUCUCUCUAUUUUCAACUCCUUCCGCUUAUAAUAUUAGUUGUAUUGUUGAGCAAUACACUUUUUGAUGGUCGCGACACUCGUGACAUCUAGUGUCAAGUAGCGGUACUGAUAAAUCCGCUACUACCCACUCACAUGAUUCAUAUAAGGGUGACCGCUUGCAACUAUAGUUGCAUAAAGCAGUGUUUUUCAAACUGUGGGUUUGAUUGCAAGGUUGCAGGCAUGUCAAGGGUAUUGGCGGUCCAGUGUUAUAUGUAGCUUUCCCUUUGGCUGCAGUUACUGCCCUCUGGUGGCAUUUUCCAGAGUUAGGCAAGCUCUAGGUUAAGGUGCCAAUGUUUCUACCUCAAAAGGAAGGACAAACAGACAAAGAUUUUUACCUGUCUAGAGGCUACACGUACAAUGAUGAAGGUGUCGUAGAAAUGCAUCCUCGGGAACUCUAAUACUGUACCACUUUGUUGGCAAAGAAGAUAGUAAGACAAGCAGACCUACUAGUAUCUAGUAAUCAGUUUAUCAGUUCCGCAACUUGACGCUAGAUGUCGCCUACGAAAAUAAGCAGCGUUUUGGUUGCAAGCAUGUCAAAGGGAUUGGUCCAGUGUUAUUAGCUGCUUUCCCUUUGGCUGCAGUUACUGCCCUCUGGUGGCAGUUUCCAGAGUUUGGUAAGCUCUUAGAAGCCUACUUCCAUAGGUUAUGCCCAUACUUUGUGCCAAUGCUCCUAUCUGUAAAGGUGGGACAAAUAGAGAAAUAUGUCUACCUAUCUAGAGGCUACACAUACAUUGAUGAAGGUGUCGUAGAAAAGCAAGAUACAUUUUUAAAGAGAAUGUCUGGCAUAUGGCAUAAUACUGUACCGCUUUGUUGGCAAAGAAGAUAGUAAGAUCAGUUUAUCAGUCCCGCAACUUGACGCUAGAUGUCGCCUACGAAAAUAAGCAGCGUUUUGGUUGCAAGCAUGUCAAGGGGAUUGGCGGUGUUAUUUGUAGCUUUCCCUUUGGCUGCAGUUACUGCCCUCAGGUGGCAGUUUCCAGAGUUUGGCAAGCUCUUAGAAGCUUACUUCCAUAGGUUAUGCCCAUACUUGGUGCCAAUGUUUCUACCUAAAAAGGAAGGACAAACAGACAAAGAUUUUUACCUGUCUAGAGGCUACACAUACAAUGAUGAAGGUGUCGUAGAAAAGCAAGAUACAUUUUUAAAGAGAAUGUUCUGUUAAGCAAUUUGGAUUGCUGAAACACCUGGAUUCGCGAAUGAUCCAAAUCCUCAUGUCCCACAAUUUGGUUGGCAAUGGCUGGAUCUUUGUCAACCUGAACCAGACAUAAGUGCAACAUUAAUUCAUGAUUUGUUCAACAUUUGUGGCGCUGAAUUUCAUAAGUUAUAUGGGAAGCAAUUUUUUAAAGUAAUAAGACUGAUAAGCUCGGAAUAUUUUGCCAAACUGGAGAAUAUAGAUGAAGGAGGCCCAAAGACCACACAUGCAAUGAUGAAGGGGUAGUAGAAGAGCAAGAUGCUUUUUUAAAAAUAAUGUCUGGAAUAUUUAAUAUACUUUCAAGUAAUAUCUAUAUUAUCUAUCACGUAUUGAUUCAAGCGUAUUCGUGAAUGGCACAAAGUAUAAUAUUACUCGAUUAUGUAAUGAUUGAUGAUUACAUCUUCAGGUCUAAGAUGUAAAAAAAAACUAAAUUUUAGAUUUGGCUAAGAAAUUGCUGUGAUAUCUUUUAAUGGAUUUUAUUGUAAAAUUUAAAUAGAUUUAAGACAGCAAUUCUAGGCUACAUCUGUAUGAAAUAUGCAUUUAAUUCUACAUUGACAUAAACUUUAAAGAAUAACAGACAUUUUCUAAUGUAUAUAUUCAUGAAUUUGAAAAAAAUGGCAUUAAUUGAUGUCUAGAAAUUAUCUAAGAUCUUAUGUAAAAAUAAAAUGUAUGUUACGUCAUUGAGAACAUGGUUCAAAAUUGUAUGGCAGAAAAUCGUAGACUAAGAUUAUGCCCUUACGUUCUUGUAAGACUAAAAUGGUCUUUAUUUGCCUAUAUGACCCGAUAUUUUACAUUAAUACAGUACAUAGUAAUUAUGUACAAAACGGUGGCAACCGAAAAGGUUACAAAUUCAUAAAUGAAAUAAGUUUCUCGCAGUAAAAACCUUAUUGAAAAUAAACCUUAUUGUAAUUGGACUAAGGUCUACUGUCGUUUAAAAUAGAGCAAGAACGAGCCCUUAUUGAUAAAAAUAUGGGGACGCUAAAAAUUUCUCCUAAAUAUAAAUAAUAUAAUGUGUAUAUGUUACUGCAUUUACAAUUUGUUAGACCAAGACAAGUCUGCAAGGAUUUUGUUCGUUGCAGACUUGUCUUGGUCUAACUGUAAAGGGCCUAAAGUGUUGCCACACUUAAAAUAAGUACCUAUUUUUAGAACAUCAUUAGUGUUAAAUUAAAAUCAGAGAUGAAUAAAUAACAGACUGUUCCUCUAAAAUUGGACGUAGUUUAGCGUAAAAGAUCCAUCCUCUAAAAUUUGUCAUUUAAAUGAAUGACUUGUCCGUUUGACAGAAAGUGCAAAUUUUACUAACAGAUUUUUGUGGAUUGGAUCUUUUACCCUAAACUACGUCCAAUUGUGCGUUCCUCAAAUCAAAAUGUUUUCGUAGUACAUCGUUUUCACUUUCGCUUACUAUAUAGUUUGGCAAGCCAUUGGCCGCCAAGCCGUCAGUAGAAAAAGGCGGCAAAUUUAAAAAUGUACACAAAAUUUGAAUAUGGCGCCUUUUUCUACUGACAAAGUGGUUUGCCAGAGUUUAUUUCAAUGACAAUGUUUAGCCUCCUCCACACUCACUCACGAGUGUGGAGCGGGCUUUACGGUAGAAGUGAAGAGGACUGUCAUUCUGUAUUAUUUAUCGGUCUCUGGUAAAUAUAAUGUAAUGAAUUUCAAGCCAGUUGCAAACAGGUUUGUAAAUCUAGUUCGCUAGAUAGAGUAUACAUUUAUGGUCCUUUUGGGACGAGUUUUACCGAAAUAAAGUCUAUAAAGUAA